GAGUACUUCAAUCAUUUGCCUGACUGGUUUCCAGGCUGUCGUGGUCGGAGGUCAGAGCUCGGACAUUUUGAAGUUCGGUGUAUACCUAAGUGCGGCUGUAUCUCAGCUUUUGUAUAUCUGUUGGAUCGGAAACGAGCUGAGCUAUUCGAGCUCGGUGCUGGACAGGGGUCAGUGGCUCUCGGAUUGGCAUCACGAACAUUUGCCCGACGUCGUACGAAUGUUCACAUUGUCCACGAUGUUCACCAGACAGUCGAUUACUUUAAAAGCUGGCGUAUUUUACGUGUUAUCUCUGGAAACGUUCAUCGCGAUUGUAAGGAGAUCUUAUUCGGUAUACACUUUACUGAACAACAUGCAGUCGACGGAUCUUUGAUUGGGAUUCUAUUGCUGUUGAAGAUGUUUACGUAAAAUGAAAAUAUCCUGUGAUCUUCGGAGAUAAGGGUUAAUCCAGCAGCACCGCUUAGAUAUAAGGAAUCGCAUAUCCAGCGCGCGAAACGUUAACCGUCGAUCGGCAACGAGUUCGUGGAACGAUCGGAAUGUAAAGCGACGUUCCGCGUAGUUUGUUCACGGUUACGAUUCCGAUUAUGAUAGCCUUUGAUAGUCUGCGAACUAGAAACUGGGCCUAGCUGUCUGCUCGAGUAGCUACGUGUUCGUCCGUGAACGACGUUGUUGAUCGAGAAAAUCGUUACGAUUUUUCAGCAUUUUUCUUUCUUUUUAUUGGUAAUACGGAUCGGUAAACGCACCGCGUCUCUUCUUGAGUAAUCGAAGCAGAACGUGAUUGCACGGUGCGGAUCGAAAGCAUCGUUGAUCCGACGCCGACGGUUGACGAUUCGAAGCCUGACGACCACCAAGGGUUCGAAUCGAGAUACAGUUAGAAAUGGCACGCUUCUUUCGAAACACGGACAAAUCGCGAGGCGACGGGGUUGCCGAUCGACGGGACGAAUCGUAAAAUCCCGUGAGCGCCUUUUCGAGAAAGAAGCUAGAGAAAAAUUCACCACCGAGAAAGGACGAUGUCGAUCGGUCGUAAUCGUUAGAAGACAAUACUGCAACGUACCAACACGGCUAUCGCUUUGAAAACGGACGGAGGACCGAAGAGGAAGCGGACGAUGAAUAGGCCGGUGAGGACGAUAAAGAAAAGAACAUGGCUAUGGAGUUAUUCCGAUACAGGCUGAUGGGGAAACUCAAAGGGGAAGAAAGUGAGAGGAAGAGAGACCGUUCGCUACUGGUAUGAUAAACAGAUGAUUGUCGAGGCCAUCACUGGUUGGCGCCAUCUAGCAAAGACGAGCGACCGAAAGAGAAAGAAGUUCUCGGAGGGAUCGGGACGCAGGAUCCGAAGAGGGACGAGGAAUCAGCAGGGAAAGACCGAGCCGGAGAUGGUCGUAGCUCCGCUUGCGCUCUCAGGCACAAACUACUCGACCACCAACCAGCACGGAUCCGAAACCCUACCUUGCUUCUUACCUUCUUCUCUGCCCUGGUGGAAGUUCGCCCUAGAAGCAACCCUUCCUCCUUGCCAGUCGAUCUGGCCCGACGUAAAACGACACUUGGCAUGCAACACCGUUAGUAAACAUUAUCCUCGACGAGCCUAUCGAAGAUAACACUCGUUGUUAUUGUUGCUUAAUCUCCUACGAUCUCUCUUAGCUUCAUAGGCGAUCAUGAACGUCGAUCAGCAGAGUCUAACGCUGAUGACUAGCGAAGAAGGAGCCACCUUGAAGAGAUCAAGGCAGCAAGUGAUUCGGCUUGUUUCCGAUUCGUGGAAUUUUGAUAAAAUUCCUCUGUGAAGACGAACCUUUGCAAGGAUUCAAUGAAACUGAGACAUUGAGGGAUCGUCUCUGUGGUUCAUUGGUAGAUCUUGAUGGUUCUUGUGGGAAGGACAAAGACAGUUUGAGGAAAAGUGAAAAUUGUGAUUAUGAAGACUGGGGAUUGUGAAAUGAAGCUUCCUUGGAUGGUGUGAAACUGAUUUGGACAUCCACGUGCCGAGGGAGUGAUCGAUCAUUCAGGGAUCAAUAUUCAUCGCAUGGCUCGUCGGAUCCAGUCGAAAUUUAGCAGAAUGCUGUGUGGAAGAUGCGUCUUCUAGUUCUCCUCCUCGCGGGCUUCUUGAACGUUCUCGAGACUGCGCGUUGUCAAGAGCUUUCGGUCAUCAGGCACUCCGAUGGAGACAUUUUCACGUUGGAAGGAUCCUGCACGGAGGCAUGCACGGUGCUUAGCAGCGGCACAGCGAGCCCCUACACGCGUAGUCCUUCAACGGCAGGACUCGUUCCUCCGAACAACACCUGCACCUGCCAAUGCAACUACGGUCUCCCUACCUUCCGGGAGGAUCUUCACAUCUGCGUGAAUGAUAUUCAUGAGUGCAAUGUGGCUGGGUUCGUCAGCGGCGUCGGUCAAAUUGAAAAGGUGCCGUACGUGUUUCUACCCCAACGGGGACAGAUAAUCUACCCUCACGCGGAAAUUCGAUUCGAAGGUGUAACGACACCGGUCUGCGGAAUAACCGGUGCCCAGCAAUUAGGAAGAGCAGGAUGGUCGGAGCUGAGGAACCUUUCGGACACCGAGCCACCCUUCAGACUGUUCCGCGACGAGGGCAGGACGUUUCUACAGUGGAUCGGCGAAACGGGAUUAAGAGAGGCGGCGGAGGGUCGGGUGGUGACAGCGAAACUCGUCUGCAGAGAUGCAUCGCCGAAAUCAAAGCUUCCUGGUGUUUUCACUCCAUGCGUGGCUUUCAGAGUGGCUGGAUCACCGUCGAAAAACAACGUUCGAGAAGUGACGUUCUCCUCGACGACCCAGCUCUCCCAGGGACUCUCCGCCACCGAAUACACAGCCAUAGGUCUGUCCUCGGUGAUUUUGGCGUUGAUCUAUGUCGCCAGCGUGUCUUUGUACCUUCACAGUAAAAAGGCGAAGAGAAAGAUCGUGGAGGAACCGGAGAUCAGCUUAUCGCACGGUAGGGAAGUAAGCGGAUUAGUGAAGAACAACCCAUUGCUCGCUGCUUCCAGACACUUUGAGAGCGAUACAAACAGCGGUCUCACGGAAAGCGACGUGGGCGACGAACUUCCGCCAAGCGACGGUGAACAUGGCUUCGAAAACGUCCGUACAAAUGUAACAUCGGCUAUCGUUCAUCCUCAUUGUGUCUAUCUGGACCAAUCGGAGGCCUGCUUCGGAUCCGGAACGAUCUUAGGUGAGAGGAUUCCGGAAGAGGAUGUACGAGUCGUGGAGACCGCAGACAAUCCCCAUCAGCAAGAUGCUCCUGUGCUACCCGGUGCUCAAAGAAGAAAAUUGUAUUUCAACCCCGCCUAUUUUGACAGGCAAUUGCUACUCGCUCCCCCUCCAGCAGCCAUCGAGUUCCUUCUCAAAAUCCGGGAGGUCAUCUCUAUCGCGAAGCACAAGAUGGCCGCCAAGAGGUUCGUUCCUACCCUUGUCAGUAUUCCGGAAGAGGAAGGCAGCCAGGAGCAAUGCGAUACCAAGGGCCAGCAUCAUCAAUCCGCUUCGAACUCGGCGCAAGAGUCGAUCGCGAGAUCACGGAAGUCUCAACGAUGCACAGGGUGCCCCGGUUGCACGGACUACCUGCGUGGCACGCCCGCGUUUCCGGAAGUCGAUCAAGCCAAUCCUGGUGAGAGCAAAGUCCGAGCCUGGCUAGAAGACGUGCGAUUAACUCCUCAGCGUCGUUGGAAGAACUCGGAUGAGUGUCAAAGGAUCGUUCAAGAGAACAGUAAGAACUUCAGUAAGAACCUUGAAUAUCUAAAGGAACUGGCUAAACAGGACCUUGAUUCAGAUACGAGGAGUUUGACAAGAAAGUUUUCUUCGUGGAAAGAUAAUCCAACCAUGGCCAGAAGCUUCCAAAACGUAGCCAGAAGUGAAAUUUUAGAGACGGACGAUAGAUACAGUGUUUCGAAACGCUCCACCAAGUCAAUGUUCGAAGAGUUCAAUUAUUAUUCUCAAAGAAACGGGGAUCCUUCGGUGGAUUCAAAUGGAAACAACACUAUGAAUGCUAAAGUGAGGAAGGCAAUAGAGAACUCGUUCAUCAAACAAAUGGAGGAGAAUUCUAUUCUAGAGAGCCAGGGUAUCGAGAAACAGGAGGACACAAAGGAGGAAGCAAUCUCCGAGAGUAGAAAUAAAGAAACCGAGAAGAUGGAUUCGAACGACAGCUCCUCGGUAAAACGAGGAAAGAAAGUAAACGCGAGUUCACCAUCGGCGAAGGAACUGCCAGACAUGAUCAACGAGCUGCCUAAUGCGAAAAACACGGCGAAACGCAUUAUGGACGCGGUGAUCCGCGAGAUGGUUGACGCUAAGGUACUGGAACAUCAUUCCAGAUCAGGUACCAUUACCGAUUACGAGGUGGAUAGUCUGGAGCGAUCAAAGUCCAGCAGAAAAUCAUCGGUCUCACCCGAGUCUACCGAUCAGUCCAGCCCUUCCUUGUCCACAGCUCUGCCGAUGGACGAGGAAUUAACGAUGCAGAACGCGGUGAUCAACACCAGAACCAGGGAAAUGAUGUCUAAUAAACUGAACAAAGACAUCGUGGAGAAGAACUAUUACAACAGUCUGCCUGAACUGAUCUCUUCGCAGAGAUCCGAGAGUUACUCGUUGGUCAGCGAGGUGUACGUGAACGACGGCUACGACAGUCCAGCCUGCAGCGACGAUUCAGGCCCGGAGAUUCGUUACGAGCCUGAAAACCCAGGCCACCUGACCAUCAAGGUACAGGAUUCACCUGAGAACUACGUGAAGCAAGACGAAUCCGAAUACGAGCCCGACACUUUGGAUAGGAAACCAAUGAAGCUGAAGAUCAACGACGACGUUAACUACGAGAAGGACGUUCCUGAAGAGAUCUACGUGGACUCUCUGGAGAGGCCAGCCCAGAUACUGCUGAAGAGCAAGGGUAGCUUUCGUGAUCAGGACUCGAACAGAAGCAACACACCCCUGCAACGUGGGUACGGUAGCCUCCGAGAGAUCUACGAAGCCAGACUGAGAUCAAACAUCAGGGAUUGCAACCUGUCGAAUAGUACCAGGUCGUUGAAUGGACACGUGGAUGAUGUAUCGUGGAAAAGGUGCAAGUACCUGACCCCUGAUAGCAGACAGCUGAAGCGACAGAGACAACCGAGUAAUCAACCGGACGUGGUGCCAUUACCCCCGACAGAGGAUAUCUAUCAGCACCCAAAGCCCCCGCGUCGCGUGAAAGACGCCCCCUGCCCUGUGUCAAAAAACGGUUGGGACAGGAGUCCUGCCGAAGCGGGUGACCCUACGACCAGCAACGGUGCUCCUGUCCGUAGCGACAAUCUAGACGUAGGGACCACUGGUCCUCCUUGCUGUUGCAAGCCUCGAAUGUCCGAGGAGUCAAUAGCCAGGUGUAGACACCAGGUAGGUACGCAUUCCAGGAACAAUUCCGUGAAAGAAAAAUCGAAGACGAACUUCUCCUCCUGGGGCAACGCUCGGUGCUGUCAGAAGGAGAUGAAGAAGCUCCUGGAUCAGUGUCAUCAUGUACUGGGUACGAAGGGGGAGAAAUCUAGGCAGGACUAUCAGAAAGAGGCUCAUACUUGCAAAAGGCACUCGAGAAGCUACGAAUCUAUUAACUCUACUAAUCAUACUUUUGGUUGUCAACCAUCCAGGAUCAAAGUGGAGGACAGUGGGUAUCUGAGCAGCACGGAUAGCAAUGGAUCCCAUAAGCAAUUACUCAGACACGAAGUGAGCAGUGUCUCUGAAACUGACGAAACAGAGUCUGUCUGUGAUGGAGCUAGCGAGAGUGGAGCUGAGAGCGUUGGUACCGACAGUGUAUUCUUUGGAAAUUUUCGUAGACUCGCUGACAAUUCUAAUUUUUCCAAUAUUAUUGAUCCGAGUAUUGAUGUUAAUGAGAAGAAUAUGUAUCUUCAAUCGUUUGCCAUCAGAAAUGAUGUUGGGGGUUCAGAGAGGACCAACUUUAGCACUAGUGAUAGCGAAACUGAAAGCUUCAUCACUGUUCUCCCACCCUGCAGAGCUGGGGAUGCGAUUUGAUAAUUUAAUGAGGAUUAAAUUAAAUUAAGAAAAGAAGAAUGGAGAAUUCUUCUUUUGCCAUGGAGAGUUUGUAAAUUUAUUGAAGAAAUAUCAUAACGUUAAUGGAUUAGUAAGUAUUUAUUUGAAAGUUAAAUUUUCUUCUUUUUUCUGAAACAGGGAGACGAAGUUCACUAUUUAACAGUAUUAAAUACGUUUAAAAUCAAAAUCUAGUUGCCAUCAGGGUAGAGACUUUAAAAAAUGGCAACAAGUAUUUCCUUUCUAUACACGUAUUUAGUAUUGUUUAAGUCCACGGCCAGUAUACUGCUUCUUCCUUUUUAGAAAUCGUAAGCAAAGGAUUUUAUUCAUUCUUACUGUUGAUAAUUUAAUGAAAUAUCAAACGCGAUGCGUUUAGGGGUUCGUCAAACGGGUAAAAUAAAUUAAAGUUAACUUGAGGAGAGUAUAGAAAUGCUAUUAAAAAAAAAGUUUAUAUAUUAUUAGUUUACUUGAGUUAGGUAUCAGAAUUCUAAUAUAUUUAUGACACUAUAUAAUCGUUAAAUAUUGUAUUUUUUUAAAUCAACAAGAAUAAUUUAAAUAAUUAAUAGAAAUCAUAUAAAGAUUAUGGUCUGCAAUGUUUAUAAACUGCCAUUGUAAGAUUUAAUUUAAUGAUAGUGGCCGGAGGUGUGCAAUAUUAUUUUUUAAUGGGAAGAUUAUGAAUAUAUGAUCAAUAAAUAAUAACAGAACGUUAUUGCUAGUCGAUGGGAAAGAAGAAGUUAUUAAACACUAUUGUUUUAGAUUUUAGCAAAUUAUUUUUAAAUGCAGGAAAUCCUUUAGAAAAAUUGAAAUUCUUCCAAAUUUUAUUCUGGAAGAUUACCCUUCACAGAUUUAUUCAAUUAUUAUAUUAUUACAUAUUCUUAAAAUACUGUUACUCAAUUUAUCACAAACAUGAAUGAUAUCUUGCCAAAACGGUAUUAAUAAUUUACAACUAUUUUUUUACUACAAUACAUGUGUUAUUGUUAUAACUUUUCCUAAACAUUAAGAAG